ACUGUGAAGGUAGAUGGUGUGCAGGACCACACACACACAAAACACACACCAGCCGACUAAAGAAAGCGGUGGAGAUCGAGAUCAGUUAAGUUUGAUUCGGCAACAAAACCCCGGAGACUGUGUAGGUGACUGCUGCAAGUGGACAGGCGCAGAAGACUUGGAUGGAUCCUAGAAGGAAGUGGCAUUUGAUUGGUUAUUAGAAGUAAAAAGGGCCCCUGCCAGCCCAUAAUUAGGACCUGAAUAUCUCUGCCCAGCCUGCCUUUGUGACGUUGCUCAGUCCGCCUCAGCUAUAGAACAGGCCUGAGCGGGUGGGGCCAAAAGACGGCGGCCCCGCGGAGGCGGGAGAGGGGCCAUGGCUGAGGCACCUGGAACCAGUGGCGACUCUCAAGGCCACCCAGCCACUCAGCCGCCAGCGGAAAAAACUGUCGGGGGACCGCCGAGCUGCGGCCGGCGCUCCGUGCUCAGAGUGUCCCAGCUGGUGCUCCGGGCCAUCGCCGCUCACAAAGGGCUGACUCUGGCCACCCUCAGGAAGGAGUUCGGAAACGCCGGCUACCAAGUGCGCAGGAAGAGUGGCCGCCACGAAGCGCCCAGGCGGGAGGCCACGGGCACGCUCCUCCGGGUCAGCGGCAGCGACGCCGCGGGUUACUUCAGGGUCUGGAAGGUUCCGAAGCCCAAAAGAAAGCCCGGGCGCGCCAGGCCGGAGGAGGGCGCGCGCGGUCCCCGGAAGACCCCAGUCGCGCCCCGGAGACACCGGAGGCGCCGCACGCGCCUUCGUAAGGCUGCCAGGAAGGCCAGAGAAGUGUGGAGACGGAACGCGAGGGCGAAAGCCAGGGCCAGGGCCAGGGCGAGGAGAGCCAGGAGGGCGAGGCUGAGAGCCAAGGAGCGGCCGUGCGCCGGCGCCAAGGAGGAAGCGGGGAUCACAGCGGCAGACGGGCGAGGACGGGCCGCGAAGGAACACCUGAGGUCAGGGCAGGACAAGAGGCGAAGCUCGAAGCCCAGGGAAGAGAAGCAGGAGCCCAAGAAGCCUGCACAGCGGACCAUCCAGCAGCCAACGCCGGCUAAAACCGACCGGACAUCUAGCGGGCAGGGGAAGACUCCACUAAAGAUUUCCUCAAAGACCACCCCUAAGUCUGAAGGUCUUCGGAAUGCAGUCAAGAAUGCCUCUAGUGGGAGCAGCUUCCCUCCUACCCAGGACACAUGCUUUUCCCCCAUAGACCCCAAGAAGAGCGUCUCUCACACUAAUUGAAAUGAAAUGGACCUCUCGACC